GUCUUUAACCUUUCUCUUGAACUGAUCUUCAUCUAAACAAUUUCCAUUUGCUCAUUCAUUCCAAAAACCUUUUCCCCUUCUUCCCACCUUGCUGCUUUUGCCUUUUUCUAACCUGGUUUUAGUCCCCUUGUUUUGUUUUUCCUCUUUGUUUUUCUCUGAUUUCCUCCUUCAUUGCUACUGGAUCGGAAGACGAGUCUGUUCAAGCUAUUUCUUGUCUUCUCUAUACCCAAAGCUUCAACCUUUCUCCUGAACUGAUCUUUCUCUAAAACAAUUCUUAACUUUCUGCUCAAACUCAGUUGCUCAUUCAUUCGGAAGACCCUUUCCCCUACUUCCCACAUUGCUGCUUUUGCCUUUUUCUAACCUAGUUGUAGUCCCCUUGUUCUGUUUUUCCCCUUUGUUUAUCUCUGGUUCCCUCAUUCAUAGCUGCUGGAUCGGAAGACGAGUCUGUCCAAACCAUUUCUUGUCUUUACCCAUAACUGAUUACAUAUAUUGCUUGCUGUCAAUUAUCUUUGUUGUUGAUUCCUCUCCUGUUGUCUCUGUUUUGUUCUUUUAUUUGCUUUGCUGGUCUGCUUGAAACCAAGAAAAAAAACCAAAAGAAUGAAAGCCAUUGCUACUGGAGCUGCAGCCAAUCUUUCUUCGGAGGCCGCGAAAGUCAUCUUCCAAGAAAUCAGUCGUCAUAUGAGGCAUGUGAUCAUCUAUAGGAAGAAUGUUGAGAAGUUUGAGAAGAAAAUGAAGAUGCUGUUGGCGAAAAGAGAAAGUGUGCAGAAAGAUAUCGAAGCGGCAGAAAGGAACUUGAAGAAGAUAAAACCGGACGUCGAGCUUUGGUGCAGAAAUGUCGACAAGUUGUUCGAAGACGAGGUGAAAGUUGUGAAGGAUAUUCAAGACAAAGCAAAGAGCAAGGGCUUCAUUGGCUUGUGCCUCAACAUCAAGUCUCGCUACCGACUUAGCAGGAAAGUUAAAGAGUUUGUCGCGGCUGUGAAUGAACUCCUCCAACAAGGUGAAUUCAACAGCGUUUCAUGCCCUGCUCCUCCGGCAGACAUAGUGGUUGCAACACCUAAAGAUUUUGAGGCGUUCGAAUCAAGAGCGAAAGUAUUUAAAGACAUCAUGGAGGCAUUGAAAGAUGGUACUACCAACUUGAUAGGGGUGUAUGGGAUGGCUGGUGUGGGCAAAACCACGCUAGUCAAAGAAGUUUACAGACAGGCCAAAGAAGAUAAGUUAUUUGAUUCCGUGAUUAUGGCAGUUGUGAAUCAGACUCCUGACCUUCAAAAAAUUCAAGACCAACUUGCAGAUUUAUUGGGUCUAAAAUUAGAAGAAAAGAGUGUGGAGGCAAGAGCAGGUCGAUUACGCGAAAGAUUGAAGAAAGAGAAGAAGGUUCUUGUUAUUUUAGAUGAUAUUUGGAAGAAACUAGAUUUGAAUGAUGUGGGCAUUCCUUUUGGAGAUGAAAAUAAGGGAUGCAACAUAUUGCUCACUUCAAGAGAUCUAAAUGUUCUAAGGAAUGAGAUGGAUGCUCAAAAAAAUUUUGCAAUAUCUGUUUUAGAAGAUAAAGAAGCUUGGGACCUGUUUAAGAAAAUGGCUUGAGAUGAUGCUGAAAGUCCUGAGUUGCGAUCGACAGCAAUUGAAGUAGCCAAAAAAUGCGCAGGACUGCCUGUCGCCAUUGCAACAGUUGCAAGGGCUUUAAGAAACAAAGGCUUAUUUGAGUGGAAUGAUGCUUUGAGAAAACUACAAAGGCCUUCCCCAACAAACUUCAAAGAAAUACCAGCACAAGUUUAUUCAGCCAUAGAGUUGAGUUACAACCAUUUGGAAAGAGAAGAACUCAAACAGUACAAGUUUAUUCAGCCAUAGCUUUAUAUAUUUAUAUGAUCGAGUAAAAGUUUGAUGGCGAUUGGAACUUUUAGAUAUUGAUUUGGUAACUAUAAAAGAUAAAACAAUUAAAAUAUGAAUUUAAAUUUUCUAUUAUGUUUAUGCUCCCAAAAAUAUUAAUGAAACA